GUUCCACUCUUGAACGAAGGAAACAAGCCAUGUUAUGAUAAUGAGUAUAAGUACGUGGAAGGGCAUUGAAAUGAAGGAGUCCUCCAUAUCAUCUCUUUCACUGAUAUUUCGAUAACCUCAUUGUGCCUGAAAUAUUCAUGAUGUUGGAUCAGAAGAAAUAUUUGAACAAGCUUUCUGGCCAGCGUGUCCUAGUCCUAGGCGGGUCCGCUGGCAUAGGCUAUGGCGUAGCUGAAGCUUGUCUUGAAUUUGGCUGCUCGGUAUUCAUCUCAUCAUCCCGCGAGCAACGCGUUAAGAACGCUGUUGCACAGCUUCAAGAAGCAUACCCCAGCAAGAAGGAGAAGAUCAAAGGCUAUGUUUGCGACCUUGGCGUCGAGGACGUUGAAUCCAAGUUAAUCGAAUUAAUGGGAAAAGUUGGCGAGGUCCACCACGUUGUUUACACGGCCGGUGACAAGCUUGCACAAAUGCCUUUAGCAGAGAUGAGCAUUACGAAGAUCAAAGAUGCCGGUCAAAUUCGCUACUUUGCGCCGUUGUUGUUGGCAAAACACUUGCCCAAGUCGACAAAGUCAUACACUCUUACGUCAGGCGGCGUUGCAUUUAAGCCGAACAAAGGCUGGAGCAUCAUUGCUGGAUACGCGUCAGCACUCCACGCUUUGACUCGUAAUCUUGCUUUGGAUCUUGCACCUGUACGUGUCAACCUAAUCAGCCCUGGUGCAGUGGAUACGGAUCUCUGGGCAGGGAUGGCAAUAGAUGACAAGAAAAAACUGUUUGAGCACAUAUCAAAGGGUACUCUAACAGGCAAAGUUGGUCGAGUGGAAGAUGUGGUCGAGGGAUAUUUGGCAUUUAUGCGGGACAGCAACGUAACUGGUUCGAUAUACUCCACUGAUGGAGGCCAUGUGUUAGCGUAAAAAUCUAUUUAGACGCUCUAUUCAAAACU